AUGGUUUUGUGCGACCUACCUCGGUUUGCCGUGUACAGCAUCCCACGUAGGACCGUCCCUUUCAACCACGUUAAAUCUAAACGGUUUCAAGAAUCCGACGCUAGCGGUUUGAGCUCUUUACUGCUGAGAGACGACAUUGGCCAGCUGGUCGUUGGUGCCAGGGGGAAAAUACUCACCCUCAGGUCAGAUGAUAUCAGCAAGAAGACCGGCGAGGUCCAGUGGACCGCCAGCCCGGCAGACAAAGCCCAAUGCCAAAUGAAGGGCAAGAAGAGUGAAGACUGUCACAAUUUCAUCAAGGUCCUACACAGCAUGAACGGAGGUCGAAUGCUAGCAUGCGGGACCAACGCGUUCAGCCCUUCGUGUGACUACUUGACCAUAGCAAAUGGAAAAGUCUCACUGUUAGGAAAAGAGCUGAGUGGAAAAGGAAAAGUCCCGUUUGACCCAAACCAGCGCUUUGCCUCUCUGAUGGACAAAAGCACCUUGUUUUCCGCCACCACAUCCAACUUUCUGAGCACAGACGUGGUGUUCCAGAAACAUGGAGCAAUCCCUGUCAGGACUGAGAUGAAACGCUCGUGGCUCAAUGAGCCCACCAUGAUUUCCAUCAACCUUCUGGAAGCCAGCAAAUACAGCGACAACGGAGAGGACGACCAAGUCUUCCUGUUCAUGACUGAAAAUGCUGUUGAAGACUGGCGUGGAAACCUCCCUGUCUCCAGGAUCGCUCGAGUGUGUAAGAGUGAUCUUGGAGGCAGGCGGACUCUCCAGCAAAGGUGGACCUCAUUUGUAAAAGCCCGGCUUGACUGUCCAUUCGGAGAUGCUGGCUCAUCAGCUCUGGUGCAGGAUGUUUUUCUCCUCCAAAAUCAGAGUAACUGGAAGGAAAGCAUCUUCUAUGCCACCUUCACGUCCAACCCACAGCACUCUGGAGCCGUCAGCCAUUCUGCCGUCUGUGCUUACCGACUGUCGGAUAUCAGCACAGUGCUCAGUGGGAGGUUUCUGACUGAGACGGAAACAGGAAGCUGGUCGUCCACAAAGUUCACAAAAAUUGUCAUUGACCAAGUCUCAGCUCCGGACGGACAGCGGCACCAGAUGAUGCUCAUCGGCACAGAGUCCGGUUCGCUGCUGAAGGCAGUGAAGCCGCAGGAUGAGGAGGGGCGCGUCAUCGAGGAGCUGCAGCUCUUUGAAGACCCGCUGCCUGUUCAGUUCAUCGAACUCUCCCAAACAGGUCAGCUGUACAGCGGCACCAGGAACGCCCUGGCCCAGAUCGACGCUCGGGACUGCGGCCGCUACCUGUCAUGUGACGACUGCAUCCUCGCCAGGGACCCGUACUGCGGAUGGGACCAGAUCCGAGGCAACUGCGCACCUGCUGCUGGAGCAUCGUCCUGGUUCCAGAGCCUACGUGAUGGAGACCCCAGCAUGUGUCCACCUUCUUUGCCGACAAAGUUACCAGAAGCUGUCGUCCUCACGAUCAACAGCGCUCACUUCCUGCCGUGUCGUCCUGACACCAACCUCCCAACCAGCUGGCGCUUUUCAGAGAACAUCCUCAACCCCGGUCCUCGACACACCCCGAUCAGUCAGGGUCUUAUCACCAUCCCCUCCGCAACAGACGCUGGCCUCUACACGUGUGAGACAGUGGAAAACAUCAGAGGCAAAAUGCACCGAAGGAGGGUGAUCCAGUACCUGGUCCAGGUUCAGGACCCCAGCAUCAACGCCAGGAAGCUAAAGGCGGCUGGGAUCGCCCUGAUCGUCUUUCUGGGGGAGAGCGUUCCUCCUCUUCCAUGUCCCUGA